AUGCCCAACACCCAUUUGACCCCUUCCAAUCUACGUACAUACGGGAAGCGGUCUACCACCAAACGAAAGCAAGCCACCGACUCCGAUGCUGCUACAUCCCUGGCAAAGCGCCGCAAACGCUCUUCCGAACCUCCAGCACGGCCGCCCUCCUCUGGUAGGAACGGAGACGACCAUGGCGGUACAACCGAUGCGGAGGAUUCUCCGCCACGGAAACCGAAAGUUCAGGCAACUUCAUCAUCUUCUCGGAAGACGGCAGAGGCCCACACACCGCCUACCCAACUAACAUCCUUUGAGCCAACAAAAUCAACUCGACAUCUCUCUCGGAUAUUUGAUUCGGCCUCGCCAGCUCGUUCCCCUUCUGGCACCCCAACCAAAUUGGCCAAGCGCAUGCUUGGUCGUUCCAAGACAGAGUCGUCCAUCGAGAGUCAAUCCACCACUCAUGAAACCACCCUUGAUCGUGCUCCUUCACUACCAGCCAUCCCGUCGUCCCCGUCUCGAUUCACUUCGAGCUCCGCGUCUGUAUCAAAACCAAUAGCACCUAUCCUUCCUCUUCUUGCCUCAACCUCGAAACGUACCACGACCAAAACGUAUGCUGGCCAAUUUCGUUCGUUUCUUGUCGCUUUGCCUCCAUCCUCUUCGAGCAAUCCGUCGUCGCAAGGCAUUGGCGACGAGGAUGGCCUUGACACUCGGGAGUCUUAUAGCUCGUUACGCUCACGCUGGGGUGUUGACAACUCAGAAGACGACCCACAACCAUAUUUAUCCCCUUCUCCAAGCAAGUCUUCCAUGACUGGCACUCCUAACGGGUCGCCAUCGCGUCUCAGUAAAGGGAAAUCAAAGUCAAGUUUUGGCCCUAUUCAGCCUGUUUCACUGCCAGAUGGACUGAUGAACCCGUUGAAGAGCAUCUCGGAACUCCGGAAUAAGGGAGAAAGUCGAAGAUUUCUAGACGAAGUGGGUUAUUUAUUUGAAGGAAUGGAGAAGAAGGGCGGUAUCGGGUUGCGGCGCGCUAGUGCACUUGAAAUCACCACUAAGCUCUGUGAUAUUGAGUUCACGAGGAAAGCCAAAGCAGCUGAUUUCUUUAGCCGGACAUGGGACGUUUUUCUGGAAGCAGGGGCAGGCAAAGGAGAAGACAAAAUCCUAGACAUUCUUCUUGUCUUCUUCGUAGCACUGGUGGCCCGCGACCCUGCCUCUCUCGCUGAAUUGGCGGAACGUCCCUCUGCAAACCCUUCAUCUUUCAUUGACACAGUGUUUCGCAUUAUCGAUACUAUGAUAUCCUGUGUCGAUCCUCUCUUGCUCGCAACGAAUCGAUGCGACGAUGCGACCUUCAAGAAAGCAGGUUUCGAUAAGAAGGACCGUAUCCUUUUGAGUGGUAUUCAUAAAAACAUCCGAACCAAGUCGGGCUUGUGCUCAGAGGAAGCCUCAAUCUCGACCUCUCUUCUCUUCUCCUACAUCCUCCAAGCGCUGCCCCCUUCCCUCAUCCCCCAGAAGCACCUGCUCAUUCUCCUUAAAUCCCUCCAACAAUCGAUCUCAUCUUCACCAUCAACGACGCUCUCCUCUAAUCUUGCUCUUAAAUGGGCCGAAACAGUCGAAUCACUUUUAUAUGAGAGCAUAUAUCAUCAUCUACGGCUUUUAGACGCCUAUCUGCUUGGCCAGUGGGACCUCUCUUCCUCCAGCGAAUCCAACCAGCCCUUCCAAAGCCAGUCAGAGGACGAGGAAGCCGAAAAGGCCCUGAUCGACGCUGAGCUAGGCAAGGCAAGGGAUACCUGGCUCGCAGGAGAUCUGAUCACCUUGGGCAUUUGCGUAGGGCUGAAAGGGAUAGAUGACAAUCCUGACGCCUUCGCUGUCCAAAAAUGUUUGGACAUGGCCCUACGAGUCUUGGUUAGCCUAACUCAUUCGAACAAAGCUUGGAGUCGUCAAGUCCUCCGCUUUGAAUAUACGAUGGGCUUAUUGCUGAGGACAAUUCACUCGGCAGGGCGGGAGUUGCAUCAUUCUCGGAUGUCGAUCAAACAAGAGAACGCUGUUAAGGUCGAACCAGAGGAAGAUUCUUUGGGAGAAACGAACGGAGUGCAAGAGGAGCACAUUGACUCGCAAGCCUUGGAUACGCUAUGCCUCGCCCUCGGCCUCCUCACGAAUUUGGUGCAGGAAGUAGACGAGGCGAAGAAGGUCGUUCGUGAGACACGACUCAACCCGUCAUGUACACUCAAGAAGCGUGCAUGUGCGCGGAAAUGCGCUUGCACCCCAUCGUCAACCGGACUCGCAGUUCUCGUCGACUUGUAUUCUUCUCAGCAAACUCAAACCGACACCCUGCCUCCCACAUCUCUGUCAGGAGAUUCGCUGACGCCCGAAGCACAACAAGAGGCCGAGUCGUCCUUCCUUCGUGGCCACCUCUCCGUCUUAUUCGGUCUGCUUAUGAUUAACAGCGCGGAGAACCAAACCGCGAUACUCUCUGGUCUUCCCACUCCUUCGUCGAGCACAAAGAUAAUGUCAUACAAGGUAGCAAGGAGGGUCAAGUUGGCGAGACUCGUCGAACAGGCGAAGGACUUUGUCGCGUUCUACACCGUCGUCAGCCACAGACUUGGUGAUGGGGAGAAGGAGAGCAGGGUUGCGAAGAAUGUUGUCAGCUUCUUGGAGGGGUUACGAGAUGCCUCGUGA